CUUUAAAUGCAACAGGUAUGUUUGGCAUCAGCUGUUCCGUAUCAACAUAAAUAAAGGUAACUUUACUCUAACGGUAAAUAACAGCUGUACCUGUGUUUACCGUUACUACGCAUGACCGCGCCAAAACUUCCUCCCCCCAUGCGCGUAACUGUCAAACAUGUGUUUUAUUUUGACAACCUAACUGACAUUUCAUAGCAAUCAUUUUUUUUCUGUUUACUAUAAUACACACACAUUCGUCGAAAACAAAACUCGAAAAUAAAACAUUUUUAGAAAAACUCCAGAAAAAGACCCCCCAGAAAAAAACGAAACGAAUCUAAACUAAAUUUUCCCCGCCACAAUCCAUAGCCAGGUGAUACACAAUGUUGUUGAAGGAGCUAAUACGAUUUUCCACCCAACAUCGGACCCUGUACUGCUAUUUGAUACUAAGCAUUUGGAUAUUUCUACUGAUAGCAGGAAUGUACAAAUAUAUCGGUCGCAACACCAACUCCUUGAGUUACAUCUUAAAUGGUAACUCACAUUUAUAUGGCUCAGCUUCGUUGACAUCAACUCCGGCAUUGGACCCGAAUAAUUUUGCCAAAUACAAGACCCGCUGCACGCCAUUGUCACAGAUUCAGCGUCUGGAUGAUGGUGGCAUUUUGGAUGGUUGGAAAUUGCAGGGUGUCCUCAUGAUAAUACGUCAUGGCGACCGUGGUCCAAUGUCUCAUUUGCGUAGUGUACCACAUUUGGAUUGUGGCAUAACCGGGGAUAAUUUGGUUAAUAAAUAUCGAAGUUUUUUAUAUAACACCACAUCAAUAUCGGGAUCGAAUCACAUGUAUUGGAAUAAGGUUGGACCAUUUCAUGGUUUUCCACUACUACCACUGGCGGAGAGGGACUGUCUUUUGGGACAAUUGACAUAUAAAGGCAUAGCUCAGCUCCUGCAUGUUGGCGAGAUACUACAUCAAAUCUAUGCCCACCCGUUGGGACUGUGGAUACGACAGUCGAACAAUGGCUACGGGAAGAAUGUGGCAAAUUCAACACCGUAUUCAACCCUACUAAAUUCCGAUGAAGUGGUGGUCUAUACCACUCGAGUACGACGAACCUUUCAAUCCGCCUUGGCCCUGCUUUAUACCUUCCUACCAACUGACAAAUGGCUGGCACUCAAUGUCAAGGAAUCCCACAGCAUUGCCUUUUGUUUUACCGAUUGUGUGUGCCAGAAGGCGGACGCCUUACGCAAGGAGCUGCUGAAGACCCAGAAGAAGGGCUUGAACAAGCAACCCAUGGUUAUGCAUGUCAUGCACUGGGUGGGUAAUCAGCUAUUGCAGCAUACUCCCAAUGGGAUAAAUGAUCCGAAUGAAGUGGUGGAUGCCAUGUUGACGGUCAUGUGUCAUGAUGCACCAUGGCCUUGUCGCAGAGGUGGUGGCAAUGGCACAGAUCGUACCACGGCUAUCAGUACCAGGACGAAUGAUAUGGAUAUGAAUGAUGUCAUCAAUAUUGAUCAGGAUGAUGGUCUAAUGGGUGGUGGCGGAGGGGGAGGUGGAUCGAUUGGUGACACCGGUGGAGGAGGCGGAGCUGAUGCUCUGGGAGAUAUGGCUUCAAAUUUGAUAAAUGAAGAAAUACCAGCCACCUCCAGUCCUGGUGAGGGUUGUAUAGAACCCGACCAUGUCUCCACCAUGAUGUCCUUUUCCCAAUGGCAAUCGACAAGGAAGGUCCAUCAUGCCUUUUAUAAAAGAAUUGGUUUGCUGAGAGCCUACGGCAUGGUACGCCAUAUCGUAAGCUACAUGUUGCGCAUGAUAUCCGGUGAUCGUACCAAAUUCGUUCUCUACUCUGGCCACGAUUGGACCUUACAAUAUCUGACGGCAGCGUUGGGGAUACAAACUGAUAGCACAUUCAUCGCCUAUGCUGCCCGCCUCGCCUUUGAGGUGUACAAAAGUGAAGCCCAUACGGAGUAUUAUUUUCGGGUGGUCUAUGAUGGCCGUGACGUCACGCAGCAGAUUGACUUUUGCGAGGGUGGUAAAAGUCUUCGUGUCACCCGCGACAGUCGUGGCAAUAAAGCCGAUCUAUGCCCGAUAGAAAAUAUAAUUCGUUUUUUGCACGAAGACUAUUUCGGAUCGUUAAAUGCCACCAAUUUUAAGGAUGCCUGUGUCAUAGCAACGCCCAAAGCAAAUGAGUUUUAGAUUUAAGGAUAGAAAAUUUGAGGUUAAGUAAAAUUAUUUAUUUAUAGCAACAACAACAAAACUGCAACCGAAACAUAUCAGUAACACUUGCGAAAAUAAAACUAGAGAUUAUAGAUUAUAAAGGAAAUCCCAAAAAAAACAACAACAUACAUAUCAAAAACUGUGAUAAUUUAGGUAAAUAAUGAAAUAAAUAAAAUAUAAAACACAAUAUAUGAAAAAUCACCUAAAUCAGUGUCUAUAAAAAACUGAAAAUGUUACACUCGAAAACAAAAAUACAUAUCAUGAAAAACACCUAAGGAUAAGAACGAUAUAAUCUAAGCUAUAAUAUUUACAUAAAUAAAUACAUAUGAAA